AACUCCACUCAAGACAGCGGUAUUCAAACGAUUCCCGAAGAGAUACCGAUUAAUCAACUGAAGAACGGAAUGUUUCGCACUAUUGUCAGGGAUUUGGUGUCACUUCUUAACGACUUGAAUAUGGAAUACAACGAAAUGCCGUGUAUAUCGUGCCAAACGGUGGCCGACGAGAGGUGCGAACUCGAGAAGUUGCGCAAAGAAGUGGCCGCACAAUCGGAUCAAUUGAAACGAUCGGGCGAUCAGUUAAACGAAAUGACCAAACAGUUGACAAUUCAAGACACGGAAUUGACGGCCAUUAAAGAGGAGAGGGAACUGUUGAAGAGUGACAUUAGUAACGCUACGGGAAUGGCAAAGGAUGAGAUCGUGAAGAGGGCGUGGGAAGUGAGGGAUCAGGCGGUGGCCCGAAAGAACGUGGUUGAAGUGGAACUGGCGAAGACUCGCAUCGAAGUGAUGCACAUUAAUAGUCAACUCUUGGAAACUAUUCAACAGAAGAUUGAAUUAUCCCAACAACUGGAACAGUGGCAGGUGGAUAUGCAGAUCCUUUUGGACGAACAGCUCAAGUCAAAGCUCACGUCUCAAGAAUCGGGUUAUAAGCCAAGAAUGGGUGACAUAACGGCCCUCAACAACAACAACAACGGAUCCGAUACGAAGACCUCAAUGUAUCCAAUCGUUUCUCGAGGAACCAAAUUCUUGAGACUUUGGAGAUAUAAUUAAAAUUAUAAGACAAUAGUAUUUAAAUGUAUAUUAAUAUAAAGAAGUCUGUGAUAGAAAUCAUAAUUACAUUUCCCAUUAUAAAUGCCUGAAUAAAAGACAAGUGCCUCAACAAAAAGUGUUAU